UUUUUGCUAAAUCUCAUCAUCUCCAAGACCUACAUUUACAGAAAAAGCUGAACACAAAAGUAAUCAAUAUAUUUAGAGAGAGAAACUUGAAUGAAGGCGCCAACAGAAAACAACCAAUAACAACUGGAUUCAACCCACCAAUCAUUUUCUUACACAUGGUUUUGAAAUUCUAUCUGGUUUGUUGCUCAAAUGGUGAAUAAGUUCAAAUUCUGUAUGUAAUCAUUCGUUUGCACAUAAGGAUUGAGGUUAAAUGGUUGAUUGUUGCUGUAUUGAUUUGCAAUAAUGGAUACUGGUUUUCACCAUCAACAGUCUACUGGUAUGAAUCAACAAGCUAUAACGUUUCAAUCUAGCCCUAGAAAUGAGCAGUCUGAGAUGAUUAUGAUUGGGGAUUUGCAUAGGGUGAAAAGAACAGGUAGCGUGAGUUUUUCAGGGAGUUCUGGUGGUUCAUCAUCAUAUACAGGAAUUGGGAAUUCUUGUGAGUCUCAUGUUGUUGAGUCGGUACCGGUGGUACCGGAGACGAAGCAUCGUGCAGGUUUGGAUGGUGAUUGGAGUGUUGCAGAACAGUAUAAGUUGGAGCAAGCACUUGUUAAAUACGCUGAUGAAUCCGGUAUGAUAAAAUAUGUCAAGAUUGCUUCCACAUUGCGUAAUAAAACCGUUCGUGAUGUUGCAAUCAGGUGUAGGUGGAUGGCGACAAAACGAAGGAAACACGAGGAACGGAGUUUGUGGAAGAGGUCAAAAGAUACGAAGGAUAAAUGGGUGGAAUCAUCCUCGAUGCCAAACGUAUCGUCGGUUUCAACACUUAAUGUGGCUCCACUUUCGUUUUCAAUGAAUCAUCGAGUCAGGGGUGAUGGCGUACAUUUAGAGGCAUUACAGAGCUCAAUGCGGCAUCUGUUGGAACAGAACAACCGAGUUCUUGGUCAGAUCUCAACUAAUAUACACACACUAAAGCUGCAGGACAAUUUCGAUCUUUUUAGGCAGACCAAGAACAAUAUUACUGCCAUCUUAAACGACAUGAGAUGCAUGCCUGGGCCACCGGUGCCCGUUUCACUAAACGAGGACCUUGCUAAUGCCAUUCUCUCCAUUAAAACUCAGACAAUGAUGUUCUCCUCAUCAGGCGGGAUGAAUAUGAAACAAGAACCAGGGUAUUGGUGAUUGUUGGUUCCUUCGGUUUACAGUUUUCUCCUAGUACAGAAUUAAACUGGCGGGAAAGUCAAUGGUCAACAACUUGACUUUACUCAUCACGGAAAAUUGUUUAUAAGGACUAUUGGGGUUUUUUUUUUCCUUCUAUGAAACUGUAUUGAUUGCCUAUUUGGAACCAAACCCAUAAUAAGCAAGCUUGUAGAACUUCAGUUUUGAUAAGCUGUGAAUUUUUAGCUAUGAAACUGUAUUGAGUGCCUAAUUUAGAUGUCUUUAUCAAAU